AUGGCCUCCCCAACAGCCUACCAGGCUCGUCCCCUGCGGACCCUAAUAUCCAUCUUCAUCGCGUGGAAAGCCUUCCUUCUUACCAUCGCCCUAGGCUCCAACUUUUCCCAAGCCUACGACACGUCGACAGCUAUCCUAUUUGAACAUCUCUCUGUAGAACCAGCCCGACUAUUGCAUCUAAUUUUCCACGCGCCUCUCCCGCUGGACGCUAUUUACUUUAUCCACAUAGCUAAGGACGGCUAUAUUUACGAGCAGGAAUAG